AUGGUGAGCGCGUAUCGCACCAGACGUCUUCUACGGCUGCAGAGCUGUACGCUGUUCUCAAUGCCGUCCAGUACAUUGCCGACCGAGCAACACCUGCCAGGGGGCUUAAUCGCUGGUGGCUGGUCAAUCUUUUCUGAUUCUAAGAGUGGCCUUCAAGCACUACGCGCACCUGUGACCUCCAGUGGCCUUGUGGUCAUAGUGUACGUCAUCAUCUUAUCGUACAAUGCCGCUGUCGCAAAAGGGCACACAAUCGAGUCCCAGUGGGUCUCCGGUCACAUCGGCAUUACUGGGAAUGAUGCUGCUGACAGAGAGGCACAUGAUGCUCACCAACGAGGUCCUACGCAAAAGAUAUAUUUCACCUCUGAGGAUACGAAACGUAUGCUGUGCGUCAUCCAGCGGCGUUCAGUUCGGAGUCAGUGGUCCAAUUCCGCAGAGCCGACGUCGCUGCUGAGCAGAAUUGACCCGGACCUCUCUUACCGAAUCUCUCCGCGGAUGUCCCGGUCACUCGCAGCUUUGCUUCACAGACUCCGACUCAAUGUCCCAUUGGCCAACGCAUUUCUGUUCAAGAUAUGCGCCCAUCCUUCGUCGUUGUGUUCAACGUGUGGUGUGCGUGACGAUUCGGAACAUAUAUUCUUCUCGAAUGUGCGCGAUUUCGAACUGCGCGUUUGCAACUUCAGAGAUCCCUGGACCGUCUUGAUAGCCGACCCUUCGACGUCGUGA